GCGAAAAUCACAGUGACAGCUCUUUUACUUCCGGUAGUUUGUGAGUGAAAUACUUAAAAAUGACCAAGAAGAGGCGCAACGGAGGACGCUGCAAGCAUAACCGUGGCCAUGUAAAGCCAGUGCGAUGCACUAACUGUGCUCGCUGUGUUCCCAAGGACAAGGCGAUUAAGAAAUUCGUCAUCCGUAAUAUUGUGGAGGCUGCUGCCGUGAGGGAUAUCAGUGAGGCGUCCGUGUACACCUCAUACAUGCUCCCGAAGCUGUAUGCUAAGCUGCACUACUGCGUCUCUUGCGCCAUCCACAGCAAGGUCGUGCGAAACAGAUCCAAGCAGGCCAGACGCAUCCGGACACCACCACAGAGAUCAUUCCCGCGUGGAGACAAUGCCCGGCCACAAAAUCAAGCCCGCAAGUAGGGAGUAAGGAAGUGAAUUGUGAGCAGGUGGUGCAGAUGGAAGUGAUUCAGUAAAUUGAGCAUCUCCGGAUGCAGAUUGAAGAAAAAAUAAAGGCACGGCAGAAAAGCACAAAA